GUAAAUGCUAGUAUUAGUUUAAUAACAAUGGGGUUGUCAAGACAAGGAAUUGAUGCAUUGGCUACUUUAGGUGUCACUGCAUCAUAUAGAGUUAUUGCAGCAAAAAGAUCUACUAUUUGUAUUAAUUUAUCAAAAUAUUGUACACCAAUUUUAUAUUAUUCAUCGACAAGAUUUAAUAUUUAUAAUCCUGAAUUUAUCAAUACUAAUAUUAUAAUUUCAAAGCUUCAUACAGGAUAUAUGCAAGCUUUUAGUACAAGUUAUACUGAUCGAAAAAAGAUGUGA